ACCCUCUCCAGUCUGAUCUUCCUGGACAAACAAUGGACCCCUUAUUCCUUUCUCUUUUUCUCCACUCCGUAGUCCGUACAUUUGAUUCUUCAUUUUUUCCUUGAUUUCUUGGGCCCUUCUUCUUCUUUUCCGAGCUGUAGAGGAGGAGAAGCCGGUGGGUGGGAACUGGGAAGGUAACCCUUCUAUGAAGGAUGGUAAUGUGUGCAUGUGUCUCUGUCACUGUGACUGUUCUUCCUUCUCUCAACUGUUUUUUUCCAGUGGUUAGCUUUUCAGAUCAAGAUAAAGUCGGAGAAUUGAAGAGGGUUUUGUCACUUUGAAUUCUAUGGGAAUUGAGGAGUUGGGUUGUUCUGUGAUGGCUGUUUUCUAGUUUCUACCCUUCUUAAAUACAGACAGGUGGGGAGGAAGCUGUGAGACUUGAGAGUGAUACUUUUGGUGGUGGUACGACGACUACGGCGGCGAUGGUGGACGGAGGAGUAGCAGAGACGCAGUAUGAGAACGCAAAGACGUCGGUAUGGUGGGAUAUAGAGAAUUGCCAAGUUCCGAAAUGCUGCGACCCACAUGCAAUCGCACAGAACAUAAGCUCUGCUUUGAUCGAGAUGAACUACACCGGUGCCAUCUCCAUCUCAGCUUAUGGUGAUACUAAUGGUAUCCCUAGCUCUGUCCAACAUGCCCUAUCUAGCACCGGAAUCAGUCUUAAUCAUGUCCCCGCCGGUGUCAAAGAUGCUAGUGACAAGAAGAUUCUUGUGGAUAUGCUGUUUUGGGCAGUGGAUAAUCCUGCUCCAGCAAAUUUUAUGCUGAUUUCCGGUGAUCGUGACUUCUCUUAUGCACUCCAUCAGUUGCGCAUGAGAAGAUAUAAUAUUCUUCUAGCUCAACCAUCAAAGGCAUCUGUCCCUCUUGUUGCUGCAGCAAAAAAUGUCUGGCUUUGGACAAGUCUGGCUGGAGUACCGCCACUUUCAAAUGGUGAAUCAUUGCAGGCUGCUAGUAGUAAUGGUUUAACUGACUCUGACAUUUUACAAAGCCCAAUAGCUAACCCUGGACAGAGAAACCACUUUGUUGAUCCUAUUUCUGAAAGCUCGUCAUCUGGAAGUAAAAAAUUCUUCACCACUAGAAGGGUUGGUGAUAAUAAACAUAAAGGGAUACAUAUCCGGAAGGUACAAAUUCGGAAACAACGAAGUCAAACCAACAUAUCGAGAACUUCAAAUGUGCCAGUUGGGAUUCCAGGAAGUCAAACCAAAAUAAAAAUUCAGAAAAAUCGAAGUCAACCCAACAUAUCGAGAACUUCAAAUGUGCCGGUUAGGAUUCCAGGGGGUCAAACCAAAAUAAAAAUUCAGAAAAAUCGAAGUCAACCCAACGUAUCGAGAACUUCAAAGGUGCCGGUUAGGCUUCCAGGGGGUCAAACCAACAGCAGCCACCACAGCUUCCCAGCAGCCGCAGCAGCAGCCACUGCCACUACCACUGCCCAGCAGCGGCGGCAGCAGCAGCCACUGCCUUGCAGCAGUAGCAGCAACCACAACCACCACCACCGUCACUGCCCACAGGCAGCAGUGUCCGAUCCUUGUGGACUAACUGGAAAAGUACAACCUGUAAAUCCAGCGUGGGGCAUGGAAGGUUUUGAUCCAUUUGUUCUGGGAGGAAUAGCCUCUCAUCAUAUUGCAGCAGGGACAGCCGCUACUGCCACCGCUCAGCUGCAGCCAUCGCCUGGCAGCAGUAGCAGCAACCACAGCCACCACCACCAUCACCGCCCGCAAGCAGUAGUGUCCGAUCCUUAUGGACUAACCGGAAAAGUACAACCUGUAAAUCCGGCGUGGGGCGUGGCAGGUUUUGAUCCUUUUGUUCCGGGAGGAAUAGCCUCUCAUCAUAUUGCAGCAGGGACAGCCGCUACUGCCACCGCUCAGCAGCAGCCACCACCUGGCAGCAGUAGCAGCAACCACAGCCACCACCACCAUCACCGCCCACAGGCAGCAGUGUCCGAUCCUUAUGGACUAACUGGAAAAGUACGACAUGUAAAUCCAGCGUGGGGCGUGGAAGGUUUUGAUCCUUUCGUUCUGGGAGGAAUAGCCUCUCAUCAUAUUGCAGCAGGGACAGCCGCUACUGCCACCGCUCAGCAGCAGCCACCGCCUGGCAGCAACCACAGCCACCACCACCGUCGCCGCCCACAGGCAGCAGCAACCGCUCCUGCCACCGCUCAGCAGCAGCCACGGCCUGGCAGCAGUAGCAGCAGCCACAGCCACCACCACCGUCACCGCCCACAGGCAGCAGCAGCCACCACCACCACCACUGCCACUGCCCAACAGCAGCAGCAGCAUCUGAAGAAGAAGAAAAAGGAGGAACAGGAGAAGAAGAUGAAGAAGGAAGAGGAGAAGGGGAAGAAGAAGAAGAAAAAGGAGGAACAGGAGAAGAAGAUGAAGAAGGAACAGGAGAAGAAAAAGAAGAAGUAACUCACCUGUCCGGCAGUAGGAAAAUGGAAGGUAGCACUUGGAAGUUCUGGAUACAUUACAGGAAAGUACAACCUGUACGCAGUGUCGCAGCAGUAGGCAGCUUUAUGAGAUUAUGAGGUUUUCAUCAAUUACAAGUUCAAUUAAAUACCAUGCUUCUGUUAGUAGUUGCUUGAUCAGUCUUCAUCACUGUCUUCAUUUAGUGGAGUUGGUUAACACCAUCACAGUGGAACUUCAAUGCCAGCAAUAUAAGCCUUCUAUCAAGUUAGUUCAGCAUGCUCUAGUCUUAACAUGUAACCUAUCAAAGCACCCAAUCAGUAUGAUAGCAGACUGUCAUGGUUGUGUCUUUAAAGGCUAUUGGAUCUAGUUUUAUUGGUAGUGGUUCUUGCAGUUCCUGGUGAAGCUAAGUUCGGUUUGUGUUUACUUUCUGAACGAGCAGUUUGAAAGUUUACAUUUCCGGAUGAGAAACACACAUGUCAUGAGCAAAGAACAAAGGAGCAAUUAUGUAAUCUAUUAUGGAAGUCAAGUAAAGUUUGCAAUAGAAAGAACAACAUUUUGAUACGGUUCAGGAACCCCAUCAGUCUCAUAUGAUUGGAAUCAUGUUCAUGAAGGUACUAGUUAGGAGCUGAUUUGGUGGCUAGAGAAAUGUACACCUUUGUCAUGGAAAUUUUAGUGGACUGCAGGGGAGUAUCAACUUGGAAAGUGUCUCUUAAAUUAUGAGAUGUUGGUCCUUGCCAACUGACUUGCACUUGGAAACUGUUGUGCAGCAUCUAUAUGUGAAUGCAGUUAGGUCAUUGAAAACUAUAAGAUGUGCUGUGCCCUGGAUACUGUUUUAGAUGCUGAAGCAUUCCUCCUUGAAGUUUAUUUUUGGUAUUUGGUGGGUCAGUAAUAUUUAUUUCUUUCAUGGAUGCUUCUUGUUAAAUACUCUGUUUGUAGAUAAGAUGUAUCUUCUUCUGGGAAAUAAAAUACAUGCUCUGGUAAUUUGUUGUUA